CACUCGCCUGCUGUUCAGCCUCCACUCCAGUCAGUUCACUCGCCUGCUGUUCAGCCUCCACUCCAGUCAGUUCACUCGCCUGCUGUUCAGCCUCCAGUCCAGUCAGUCCAGCCUGCUCCAGUCCAGUCUCCUCCUGUCGUCCAGCCUGCUCCAGUCCAGUCUCUUCCUGUCGUCCAGUCUCCUGUAGCCCAGUCUCCUCCUGUCGUCCAGUCUGCUCCAGUCCAGUCUCCUCCUGUCGUCCAGUCUCCUGUAGUCCAGUCUCCUCCUGUCGUCCAGUCUCCUGUAGCCCAGUCUCCUCCUGUCGUCCAGUCUCCUGUAGCCCAGCCUCCUCCUGUCGUCCAGUCUCCUGUAGCCCAGUCUCCUCCUGUCGCCCAGUCUCCUCCUGUCGUCCAGUCUCCUGUAGCCCAGUCUCCUCCUGCCGUCCAGUCUCCUGUAGCCCAGUCUCCUCCUGUCGUCCAGUCUCCUGUAGCUCAGUCUCCUCCUGUCGUCCAGUCUCCUGUAGCUCAGUCUCCUCCUGUCGUCCAGUCUCCUGUAGCUCAGUCUCCUCCUGUCGUCCAGUCUUUUCCUGUUCCCCAGUCGCGUCCUCUCCAGUCUUUUCCUGUUCCCCAGUCGCGUCCUCUCCAGUCUUUUCCUGUUCCCCAGUCGCCCGUCCUCCAGCCUAUCCAGUCCGUCGCCCAGCCUUCUGUAGUCCAGUCACUCAUUCACCAUCCUGUUCAGUUCCCGGACCUGCAGCCACAGCAUCCAGAGCCAGCUCCUCGCCUGGUCCUGCGGCUGCCACGCCGUCGCCCAAGCCAUGUUCUGGACGUCGCCGCCGUCUUCCUCGCGGCCGCCCACCGGCCCUGCUCAGUGGCGGCCGCCGCCGUCUUCCUCGCAGCCGCCCACCAGACCUGCUCAACCUGCCCAGUGGCCGCCGCCGUCUUCCUCGCGGCCGCCCACCAGAUCGACUCCAGCAUCACCGCCGGCCACGUGGCCGCCCGUGACUCCAGCAUCACCGCCGGCCACGUGGCCGCCCACCGGAACUGUUUCAGCUCAGCCACUGGCCACGUGGCCGCCCACCUGACCUGUCUUUGCCUGGACUCCGUCCCUCCGUCCUGGACCCCCUCCUCCCGCCCUGGUCUGGUUUUCCUUUCUUUCGGCCAUCAGUUCAAACUCCGACCGCUAGUUGUUGGCAGUUUUCACCACCUUCACUCUGACGAGGUCUUGCGAUAA